AUGAGCCCUUCUGAGGAUAAGAAUGACGUCGUUCUUGACCCGAUCACACUGCACAACGUAAUCGCACCAGACACAACGGCGGAGGAGUACGACUAUGUGAUGCACAAACUAAGCGGUAAGGAUAGUGUAGCUGAAGACAAGCUCAUCACAAAGCCAUUCCCACCUACGCACUCGAGCCAGGAAUUCAUACGCAUCCACCUCCCGACGUUUAUCAAGGAAUUUGGUGUAUACGCAGCCAUUCUCUCACUUAUACCCCUUCCUAUACCCAUCAUUAUCUCCCUUACAGCUGCUCUCCUUUGGCGUAUUUGGAUUCAUAUCGACAACGAAGCUGACAAGCUGGCGUACGAGCAGGAACGCCAGCGCACACUCGAAAGCAAAGCAAGCGUCGGCGGUGUCCAGGAGAGCUGCAACUGGAUGAACCAGAUCCUCAAUAGAGUUUGGGGGAUCAUCAACCCUGACCUUUUCACUCUCGGUAUCGAUUUACUCGAAGACACAAUGGAGUCCAUGCUGCCGUCGUUCAUGAUGGGCUUUGUGAACGGCGUUAAGGUGAGCGAUAUCGAUCAGGGCACUGUUCCGAUGCGCGUACUCUCCAUGCGCGAUCUCUCAGACGCCGAGAUGAUGGAGACGCUCAACAACAACUCUGUCCCAAGUUUCAGUGAUCAGGAGAAUUCCUCCAAGAAAGACCUAAGACCUGACGAAGAGAAGGGCGAGUACGUCAAUCUCGAAAUUAACUUCGCUUAUCGGGCCAGACCGUCUGGAGAUCUAGCCACCAAGUCGCGCAACAUACAUAUGCUCAUACACUUUGUAGUAGGACUGAAAAAGAUGCUCGGGGCUGUCAUGCCCGUGUAUGUCGAGGUGCAGGGUAUGACAGGGACUUUGAGGGCGCGCUGUCAGCUCGUACCUAACCCGCCCUUUAUCAAGAACACAACUAUCGCUUUCAUGGGUCUGCCCAAGGUCGUCAUCAGCGCCACACCCCUAACUAAACACUUCCUCAAUGCCAUGAAACUUCCCCUCGUGUCUCAGUUCAUCAACAGCAGUAUCAAUGAGGCAAUGAGAGAUUUCUGCGCUCCAAAAUCCUAUACUGUUGAUGUGCAGGAUCUGCUUUUGGAGGACGACGUUAAGAGGGAUGUCUCGGCAAUUGGCGUAAUUGAGGUGCGCAUACAUGGCGCUAUCGACAUUGAAAAGAGCGAUACAAAUGGGACGUCUGAUCCUUACUGCACGAUCGCUUUCAGUAAGCAGCAGAAACCGCUGUAUUCGACGAGAGUCAUUGUAAAUGAUCUCAACCCUACGUGGGAGGAGUCGACAACUAUAUUGCUACGUCCUGAAAUUAUCAAGUCGCAAGAAGAUAUAACAGUGCAGCUAUAUGACUCUGAUAGGCUUUCAGCCGACGACCGUCUCGGCGAAGCCACAAUGAGCAUAACGAAGCUUGUCAGAAACGCUGGCAAGAUGUACGAGUUGAAUAGCGAGCUAGCCGGACAAGUCCACGGUACUAGACGCCAGGGUACACUCUCGUGGACCGUUGCAUUUCAUCCAAAGCGCGACCUCAAUAAGAGUCUCAUGACGGCAGGUACUGAUCCCAACGUACCUGAGGACAUAGCCAAGCAUUACAGGGAGGAGUUCGGAGAUGCCCAGAUAGACAAUGAGAAUAGACUGGUACAGCGCAUCAAGCCAGAAACGCAAUUCCCAUCUGGAAUUCUCUCUGUACAGAUACACUCCAUCGCGCAGCUGGAAGUGAAGAACGUUUUGGGGACAUUCGGCACAGACGCCAAGCGCAGUGGUGCAGCUGGACAGAGUUACGUGGAGACUGAGGAUGAACAAUCAACUACUGCUCCUAGCAGCUACUGCACCAUUAUUGUCAAUGAUCAGACUGUCUUCCGGACGCGCAAAAAACCUUUCGCUUUCAACCCCGUCUUCAACGCUGGCACGGAGAGAUUUAUUGCUGAUUGGAGGAGUACGAUGCUUUGCGUGGCCAUAUACGACACGCGUUAUAGAGAGGAGGACCCUAUUCUUGGUGUCAUACCUCUCAAGCUGUCUGAGGUGCUCAAAAAUGGUUGUCAAUUGACAAACAGUUAUCCACUGAUUGGUGGCCUAGGAUACGGACGUGUGCGUCUCAGUGUGCUCUUCAGAAGCUGCGAUAUGCAAUUAGAACGGCCUUUGCUGGGAUGGGAGAUUGGUACUGUACAACUGCACUCCAACAUAACUGUCAAAUUCGACGCAGGCAAGCAUUCCAGCUACUCAAAAUGCAUCAUCCGCACUAUCUCCUCAGAAGUGAAACUGCGCAAGCGCAAGACGACAGCAUCCGAGACUGUAGUGUGGAAAGUGGAGGCCGACGAACCGCCAAUGCGACUACCUGUAAAGCGCCGCUAUGCGAGUGCAUUCAGGGUGGAGUUCUACACCCACAACACAAAUGCUCUCAAUAGUGGUCCUGCAGCCGUGGCAAUAAUAUGGCUGCGCGAUAUCGUCGAUAAUGAGAUGCUGCGCAAUUUCCGUAUGACACUUUGGGAUGGUAAGGAUUUCCACCGUCUCCUGCAGUGCUAUACAUAUAAUGAAGAAGAUGCUGAGAAGUUGGGUCUUAAGAGGAUCGGCCAUAUAGAGCUCGAUUUGCGUUACAAAUCAGGUCUUGGUAAGACACAUGGUCAUUUCAAGGGUAAUAAGGAGAGCAUGGAUGUACUCCAGGCAUGGGAGGCAGCUGUUAGCUCAGGGCAGCGCAGCACGGUGGGUGACUUUAUUGGCGAGUAUACAGACGUGGAUAGAAAUAGAGAUCCUGCUAGUAGAGCUGUCAGGAGAGAUAGUGUUGACGCGUACUCGCAUCAGCCUAGCACUAUUGGUACGCGCAGGACUGCGCAGACUAUGUCGGGCGAUUUCGGUGAAGAAUACGUUACUGACGAAGAACAAGAAAAGCAAGAUGAGCAAGAUAUCAACAGGUCGAGCAGUGGUGAGAAUCACACAUCUAAACGUGCUCUCAGAAAGGCUAUGCACCGCGAGCAUAGAGGUAGCUACCAAUAUAAGCCCGUAAGAACCGCUAUGUGGGCUGCUAAGGGAGUCAGACACUCACUCUCCUCCGUCAAAUCGAAAACUUCGCUGCAUGAUCGCCGAGCCAACCAGAUAGAGACGGAGGUUUGA